AUGUCGGAAGUUUGGCUUUAUCUGAAGAAAUCACUUCAGUGCAAACCUCAUUCUUCAGAAGUUUAUGAUCCCAAGCCAAGAUCCCAAGCAAGCAAUGCCAUGCUUAUGAUUAGCCCUAUUAGUCAUGAAAUUGUUCUUGAUAGGACAAGUGGAGAGAUUAAGAUUUGUCCAUGUUUUCCUUAUUCUCAUGGAAAUAUAGAUGGUUCUCUUAGAUCUAUGAAGCAAACUUUGUGUGUUGAUUGUGAUGAAUGCCAUAUCUUCUCAAAGCCAAAGGUGCGGAAAGAUUUUGCCAGCGAUCUUCCAACAUUAAAUAGUCAUCAUGAAUGUGCAAAGAAACAUCAAAAAUCUCUUGACACAAUUGAGGAACACGAUAUCCCUGAGCAUUCUGUCACCCCACUUCAUAGAGAUGACUCAUCUUGGAAAAUUAUCGAAAAAAUAUGCAAAACAAUCUAUUUCAAUUCUGAAAGAAAGGCAGCAGAGCUUGAAUGUGUCUUGAAAGUCCAUAGCACACAAAAGACAUUUGCUUUGUUUGAGAAAUGUAGAGAAAUGGUGAAGAUUAAUGCUGAAGAGAUGCAAAAUGGGCACCCCAGAUGCCUGGUUGAUGGAAAUGAGCUAAUGAGGUUUCAUGGCACAACUAUUGCAUGCUCUCUUGGAAUAAAUGACUCUUCCAGCCUGUGCACUUUAGACCAAUGUGGUGUGUGUCAAAUUAUGAGGUAUGGUUUCUCUGCCAAACAAGAAUUCAAUGGUUUUGUUGGGGUAAUCACCAAUUCUACAUGUGAAAACGCCAUUGAUUCAAUUGGCUCAUCUAGUGUACCAAUCAAUAGAAAAUGUGUUAUAGUGUGUCGAGUAAUAGCUGGGAGAAUCAACAACCCCAUGCAAGAGAUCCAAGAAAUUGAUGAUUCGGGGUAUCAUUCGUUGGUGAAAAAGAUAAAUGGCCAAUCAGAUAUUGAAGAGCUCAGUGUUUUGAAUCCCAAAGCUGUCCUCCCUUGCUUUGUGGUAAUCUACAGAUUUUGA